AAAAGGGGAUUAUUUGAAGUGUGGGCACCUUAAUCUGGAUUGGAAGCCCCUUCGCAACAUUCUUCCUUCCACACGUCAAGUGCGCUUGCGCGUGCGCUUGUGCGCGGCGGAGUGGGAAAGGUCCUCCCCCGAGUGGCGCCGAUCGAGGCGAGCCCUCGCUCGCCUCCAUUCGUCCGUUUCUCUCUAGUCGCUCGGCGGCUGCAAUCCGCUCGCUCGGACGAUGGAGGCGAUGCGCGGGCGCGCGCCCGGCAUCCUGGUGGCGGUGGCGCACGGCGUCUUUUCGGGGAGCCUGAACAUCCUGCUCAAGUUCCUGAUCAGCAGCCUGCACUUUCGCUUCCUCACCUUGCUCCAGCUGUGCACGUGCGCCGCCGCCGCGCUCGGCUUGGAGAUCCUUCGCAGGCUCGGCAGGGUCGACGUGCCCGCUUUCAGCCUCAACCUUGCCAAGGAAUUUGCGCCAGUGUGCAUCCUGUCCACGCUACAGUCGACGCUGACGCUGUGGUCGCUGCGCGGCCUCAGCCUGCCCAUGUAUGUGGUCUUCAAGCGCUGUCUGCCCUUCUUCACACUGACCAUCGGGGUUUGCGUCCUGCGCAACGGCGUGCCCUCGCCCGGCGUGCUGGCCGCCGUGGCCAUCACCACCGGGGGCGCCGCGCUCGCCGGUGCGGGUGACCUGGGCGGCGACCCCUUCGGUUACGUGACGGGCGUCCUGACCGUCAUCGUCCACGCCUCCAAUCUAGUCCUCAUCCAGAAGACCGGCGCCGACAGCGAGCACGGAGCGCUCACGGCGCAGUACGCCAUCGCCAUCAUGGCCACUCCGGUCCUGCUGGUGUGCGCCGUGAUCUCGUCGGACGCCGUGUACAUGUGGUCGUACCCAGGCUGGAGCGACAUCCGCGUGGCGUCGCUCUUCCUGUGCAGCGUGGUCCUCGGCUGCGCCAUGAACUUCACCACUUUCCACUGCACUUACCUCAACUCUGCCGUCACCACCAGCUUCGUGGGCGUGGUCAAGAGCGUGGUCACCAUCACGGUGGGCAUGCUGGCCUUCGACGACGUGGCGCCCACCGCGCUAUUCGUCGGCGGCGUGGUGGUUAACACGGUGGGCUCCGUCACCUACUGCGUGGUCAAGUAUUUUGAGAUUAAGAAGAGGAGUUCCUACGACCGCCUGGAGGGCGGCGCCAAAGACGCGGCUCCCUCCGGUGAGUCGCGCGCCCUCGAUGCCCUGACUUCCGGUGAGCCGCGCCCCGUCGACGCCCCGGCGGAGAACGCGGACGAUGUGGGAGGCACGCCCGCCUUCACCGUGACGAACGAGAACGUGGCGGAGAAGCAAAAGGAACGGCCACGCGAGGACGCCGCGCCUUUGGGGCGGGCGUCGGGCGACUUUCUGGGCGUGUGGCGCUCUGUCAGGCAGCUGUGCUCGGCGAAGGGCGACCCGCUCAUCCACAACAUGGAGCAGCCGAGCCCUUGACGUACCAACAAAAAAAAAAAAAAGGACUACCAAAAAUGAAAUUGUCCGAUCUGGUGAAAAAAAAACACUUCUUUUGACGAACAGCAUGCAACGCUAAGCUACUCGCGAAAUGGUCCGACCCGUUUUCUCACGGACGCCGUUCCAGUUGCUUGGUUUCCGCCACGUUUAUUUUGACGCUAACAGAAAGCGGCGGCGCCACGUUGGCGUCAAUGCCCUCGAGCCGCCGUUGCUUCCCGUUAGCGCUAAUGGGCGACGACGUCGGAGUCCCAGAAAGAUGGGAGCCCCCCCACGCUGCCGGCGUCACUUUCAAAAAAGGAAAUAAGAAGCUAUGAUUACUAUUGAUUUUUUCCCCCAAGAUCAUUUAACGCUUCGAGUCGGGCGAGCGGUCAGAAAAGGGGCCCGGGGUGCAUGUGUGUCUCCGACGCAUGAACAACCGUACGCAUGCGUGGGCGCGAGCGAGCGUGCCGGACGCACGCAAAUCAAAGAACAUUGUCGCGACGCACGUGGGCGCUAACGAGCUAAUUGUGUUUUGCUCCGGACCGAACGCUGUCAGCAUGAUGCCUGCCGUUCGAGAAAUGUUCAUUAAAAAUGGCAACGUGUGAUUCGCUGUCGUCGUGGAGCUGAAUGUUGUUUGUGUGUGACAAGAUCAAGAGGAGGAAAAAGGAAGCUGUGAAAAAACUGACACGUGGUCACAAAUGGCUCGGUUUUUUCCACUUGCGAGCGCGCGUUCAGGUAAUGGCGUGAUUGCUGUGAUGGCGGCGACCUGUUCUUUCCAUCUUUCCGACACUGGCGCGCAAUGUUCUGGCUGCUGGGGAAAAAGUGUCAGCAAUUUUCCAAAUGACGCCAACCGGAUGACCGACAAGUCUCAAAAUUAGCUGCAGUUGUUCUCGGUCGGUUGGACUCCAACUGGGUUUGUCAGGACGAGAUUUGCAAUUUGUGCAAUCUGACUGGGACCGCUCAUUUCUUUGUUUGCUCUGCCUUGAAGGGAGGAGCUGAUUGUCGUCAACCGUUUCUCUUCAGAGGGCCGGUCGACUAUCUUUUAGAGCAGGGGUCUCCAACCACUUUUGCACCACGGACCGGUGUGAUUUGGGUCUUUUUUCACAGACCAGCGGUCUUUCAAAUU